AUGAAUAGAUCUUCAUUAGUUCAAUCCAAUUCUACAUUAACAUCUGAUUUACCACUUCAUUCAUUAAAUAGCAAUACUAUGCAACAACAAAGACAACAACGUCGUCAUAAUCAUCGUUUAUCAUCAUCAAUAAUUGAUUCUCAUUUAGUUAAUUUAUACGGUCAGUUAGCAGCACUUGAACAACAACAACACCCAAAUUCUUCAUUAAUUGAUUCAAAUCGUUUAAAAUCAUUACUUGAAACUUAUCAUUAUAAUUGUUUACAAUUAAAAGCUCGCUAUAAAAUUGAAGAAGAACGUAUUGAUCGUCGUUUUGAUUUAGAAACCCGUUGUACACGAGCACAUUUUGCUGCAAAAAAAAGUGAAUUAAAAGAACUUUUACUUGAUCGUCUUCGACGAAAACGUAAAUUAGUUGUUGAUGAAAUGCGUUCAGCUAUUGAUAUACAUUCCCGUUCAUUUGAUGUUGAUCCAUUACUUGUUACUAUGCAACCACCACAUCCAUUACAAGCUAAAGCAUAUAAUUUUCGACAACGACCUGAUAUGGGACAACAAACAUCAUCAUCAAAUAUAAAUGAUGAUGAAUUUUCAACAUUAUUAACAAUGAAUAAUAUUGGUACAAGUGGAAUAUUAUCACCUAUGCCACAUCAACAAGCAGCACGAAAACGUCUUGUUGGAGCAUUUAGUAUAUUUCAAUUACCAAAAUGGACUGUUAAAGAUGAUGAAUGUGAAGAUGAUUUAAGAUUAAUAUCAAGUAGUCGAAAAUAA